AUGCUGGUUAUCGCUGAUCUAACCAAUAAAGCUCCUGAACUCCCCUGGUGGGCGGUUGCCGUUCUUGCGCUUGUAGCUUACAGGUUAUUCAAUGUGAUUACUUACUAUAUUGCUUACAAGCGUUCUGGUGCCUCUUUGGCUCCGGCUGUUUCCGAUGGUUGGUAUGGCUUUAAGCUCAUGAAGCUUAUCGUGGAGAAACAGCGUAAUGGUGAAAUGCCUGACUACUUGUACGGGCGUUUCCUCGAGACGGGCCACGAUACUGUCCACUUCACCAUGGCUGGUACACCCGUGGUGUCCACUAGAGACCCAGAGAACAUCAAGGCUCUUUUGGGUACGCAGUUUAACGAUUUCAUCUUGGGUCUUCGUCACAGACAGUUUCAGAUUUUGCUCGGUGACGGUAUCUUUACUUUGGACGGUUUGGGAUGGAAACACUCCAGAGCCAUGUUGCGUCCUCAGUUUGCUAGAGAACAAGUGGGCCAUGUGAGAGCCUUGGAACCUCAUGUCCAGUCUCUUGCUAAGCUUAUUCGUGAAGCCAACGGCCAGGAAUUUGACAUUCAGCCUUUGUUCUUUAAGUUGACCAUUGAUUCCGGUACUGAGUUUUUGUUUGGUGAGUCUUGUGAGUCCUUGCGUGAGGAUGAGCCUGGUGUGGCCGACAGUGGCCCUGCUGUUAAGCGUGAGUUUGCUAAGGCUUUUAACAUUUCCCAAUCGUACUUGUUUAUGAGAGCUGGUUUCCAAAAACUUUAUUGGAUUGUUAACAACCCUCGCUUCUGGAGAAACAACAAGAUUGUUCAUGAAUUCGCUGACUACUACGUUCACAAGGCUUUGAACUCUAGCCCAGAGGAGGUUGAAAAGUUCUCCAACUCGGGUUACGUUUUCUUGUAUGAAUUGGCCAAACAAACUAGAGACCCUAAGGUUUUGAGAGACCAGUGUUUGAACAUUUUGUUGGCUGCUCGUGAUACCACCGCCGGUUUGUUAUCUUUCAUGUUCUUUGAGCUCGCCAGAAACCCUCAAGUCUUUGCUAGAUUGCGUGAAGAAAUUGUUCAGAACUUUGGUGAGGGCGAUGACGUUGACUUGUCUGGUAUCACAUUCGAGUCCUUGAAGAAGCUUGAAUACUUGAAAUGGGUCAUCAACGAAACUCUCAGAUUAUACCCUUCUGUGCCUCAGAACUUCCGUGUUGCUACCAAGGAUACUUCUCUCCCAAGAGGUGGUGGCCCAGAUGGAAACCAGCCCGUCUUUGUCAGAAAGGGCCAGACAGUCACUUAUACCAUUUUCGCUACCCACAGAUUGGAGUCUGUCUACGGUAAGGAUGCCUUGAGCUGGAGACCAGAGAGAUGGGGUGAAGUGAACAUGAAGAAGGUUGGAUGGGGAUUCCUUCCUUUCAACGGUGGACCAAGAAUUUGCUUGGGCCAACAAUUUGCAUUGACCGAAGCAUCUUAUGUCACAGUUAGACUCUUGCAAAUGUUCAAGAACAUCAGAUCAUUUGACGACUGCGACAUUCCAAAGAAGGCUUCCCACUUGACCAUGUCCUUGCACGAAGGUGCCCACAUCAGCUUAGCUUAG